CCUUGGCGCGCCUCUUGCUGUCCGCCUCGCUCGCCGCUCGGUGCCGAGGUGUGUCCUCGACUUGCGGCGCUGUGAUGCCCAGCGCCGCCCCGGUCGCCGCCGCGGCGAGCAGCAGCAGCGAGGACGAGGCUUGGCUGUCGCCGCCGCCGUCGCCACCCGAAGACAAUCUGGCCUGGUUCGGCGUGUUCCGGCCGUACGAGCUGCCUCUGCCCAACCAAGUCCUACCGUACCUGCUGCUGAACCCGGUCCGCCACCUGCGCCGCGGCCUCGACCCGAUCGCCAUCGCCAGCACCGCCACUGUCCAGCGCCGCCGCAGCAUCGCAGCCGCGGCCUGCAGUACCGCCGUGGCGGCCUGCAGCACAGCCGCCUCACCCGCCGCGCCACGCCGCCACGCCGCCGCCGCCUGCCGCGGCAGCGCCCGCUUGCUCUGCGCCACAACGCUGCAUUGGCGGCCACUUCAGCGAGGGCUGGUGUUGGGUAGCAACUCUCUCUCUCCUCAGCCCUUGGCCACAGCCCUCGGUCUCCCGCCCGCCGCGCGCCCGCAGGAGGCGCAGAAGAUGGCGGACGAGCUGAAGCGGGACCAGGUCCUCGGCACCUCGAACUCCCUCCUGAUGAAGGAGGGGUACGUGCUGAGAGAGGGCUUCAAGAACAUCUUCACCUGGGCGAUGUGGAACUCGAUCUCGGCGUACCUCAAGGACUUCGGCUACCAGCAGUCGCUGUUGGUGCAGUACCAGGCGGUCUCGCAGGACGACGGCACCCCCGGCACCAACCAGCCGCAGCCGGUCAAUGUGUUUGGCACGCCGCUGCCGAUGGCGACCGUGGUGGGGCCGGCGGCGGCGCUCAAGGCGAGCGGCGCCUUCGUCGCGCCGUGGCUCGGCUGCCGCUGCUCGUGGCCGUGCACGCAGCUCUGCUGGUUCUACCUACUCGGCUCUCAGUUCCUGCAAUGGGUCGCGGUCGUGGUUGCGGUGCUGACGAUCGUCUUCCAAGUCCUUCUCCUCGAGUCGAUGAUCGUCGCAAACUUUCUCGCCGAGGUGCCGCACACGACCACGUGGUACGAGUGGUGGACGCUCGACGAGCCGUGGCUGCCCCGACUCAUCUGGCUGCUGGGCAAGGUGAUUGUCUUCUGGUUCAUGAUUGGCAACGCUGUCAACUUUGACGACUCCCAGUCCUUCCUCGCCUCGCCCGAGAUCCGGCUGCUGCUCCGCUCCCUCGCGAACCGGUUCGAAGGGCAGACAUACGCGUACUGCACCGUCGUGCUCUGGACCAUCAUCUCCGAGUUCGCCACCGUGAUCGUCGUCUCGUACUUCGCGCUCGUCUCGGCCAUCAUUAUCAACGUCGAGAGCACGGGCAACGCGCUCGGCGACGCCACAAUCAUCUUCCUCAUCUUCGACUUUAUUCCGGCGCAGACGGCCUUGGGGGGCCGGUUGUUGUCUGAGCUGGACGGAUGGGCGAUGGGCUUGAUCGCCUUCGCCGCCUGCCUGCCCCAAGACUUUGUCGACCAAUCCUCGACGUAUUUGCAGGGCCCCCGCUGCCAGGUUGUCUACCGGACGUACCGCUACGUGCUGUUUUGGUGGACGGGCAUCUGGACCACGCUGCUCAUCCUCCUCUUCCGGUACCAGAUGACGCCGCUCUACCUCUGGGUCGUGCCCGCCUCCUUCCUCUACUUCCUCGUCCUCUGGCAAACCUGGCCCUACUGCCUCGACGGCUGGCCCGUCUGCUUCCCCCACGGAGGCCCUUGCAUCUUUUGGGCCGCCCUCGGCACCACACUCCUCUGGACCGGCUUCUUCAUUCUCCGGUACGGCUGCUUCCUCUUCCCCUGCGUCUGCGCGCCGGAGUGGGACACUAAGUACUUUUACCUCUUUGUCGAGCGGCUCUUUGGGCUCGGAGGCCGCGCCUUCCUGGACGGCCUCUGGGGCGAGGUCGACUGCGGCUGGGAGCCACUCGAGUCGGACUACGAGCGCUUCUACCACGGCGACCUGCAGACGCCGCAGCAGUUCCAAAAGGGGUGGGAGACGCGCGUCGCGCAGCUCGAGGGGCAGGUGCAGGUGCUGACCAACGUGCUCGCGUCGCUUGGGCUCGGCGUGUGGCAGAGGCGGCGUGAGGAGUCGGCAUGCAACACCCGCGCUCGUGCGGACCGCACGACCAGCUUCCUGCUCGCGCCGCCCUCGCUGUGGCCCGGCGUCUCCGCCGGCGGCUGGUGCGUCAAGGUGAUGAAGAGCACCACCAAGCCUGACGUCACCACGGUCAAGUUCAACGACUCCACGUUCUCGUUCGCCGUGCCUUUUCCUCAUUAUGAGGCUAAUAGUUUGACCAGUGGGGACACCAGCGAUCUCACCGUGCCGCCACCGCCGCCGCCGCCACCCGCGCCUUCUUCUGCAGCUGGCGCCGAGGCAGUCCGGCAGGCGGAGAGGGAGGGCUUCGCCCUGGUCACCAGUAGCCGCAGCAACACCGGCUACAAAGGCGUGACCUACGUACAGAAGCGGCGAGGCAAGAAGUACCAGCUGCAGGUGCAGGUUGGUGGCAAGAAAGUAUUCCUCGGCUGCUUCGCCACCGCCGAGGAGGCGGCGCUCUUCUACGCCCGCAGGGAGGCGGGCAGGGACAUGGUUGCACUCUAG